AUGUCUGCUCCUAUUAAAACGAAUCCAAAAUCAUCAAUGAAAAUUGAUAAUGCACCAACUCCACAUAACACGCCAGCUAGUGUCCUUGGUACUAGUUAUUUGAAGAACGGUAACCCUGUCAAGCAUCAAAAGACUAUUGAUGAAGAUGCAGAAGCUGAAGCUACCGCGAAAUCACUAUUAGCUAAUGAACCAUUAUUGUUACAAUCUAUUCAAGAUAAAUUGGGUACUUUGAUAGGUCAAGAUUCUGGAUAUGUAGAGAAUUUACCAAUGGUUGUGAAGGAAAGAAUGUUUGCCUUGAAGAAAUUACAAAAUGAUUUGUUUCAAAUGGAAAAGGAUUUCCAAAUUGAAAUGUUUGAAUUGGAAAAUAAAUAUUUGAAUAAAUAUAAACCUUUGUUUGAACGUCGUUCUAAUAUUAUCUCUGGUGUGGAACAACCUUCUAAAGAGGAAAUUUCUAAAGGUAAAGAAAUGAUCCUAGAAGAAAAUGAAGAUUUUGUAAAUGAAGAAGAAGAAGAAGAAGGGGAAGAAAAGAAGGAAAAUCAAAAUAUUAAAGGUAUACCAUCAUUUUGGUUGACAGCAUUGGAGAAUUUACCAAAUGUAAGUGAUAAGAUUACGGAACGUGAUGCAGCUGUGUUAGAAUAUUUACUUGAUAUCAGCAUGGAAUAUUUGACUGAAGGUAAACCAGGUUUCAAGUUAAUUUUCAAAUUUAGUAAAGAGAACCCAUUUUUCACUGAUAAAGAAUUGGUUAAGACGUAUUAUUAUCAAAAUGAAUUAGGAUAUUCAGGUGAUUUUAUAUACGAUCAUGCAGAAGGUCAAGAAAUUAAUUGGAAAGAUAGUGAAUCCAAUGUUACUGUGAAUGUUGAAACCAGAAAGCAAAGAAAUAAAGUUACUAAACAAGUUCGUACCAUUGAAAAACUUACACCAACGGAAUCAUUUUUCAAUUUCUUUGACCCACCAAAGAUGCCAGAACAUGAUCAUGCUGAAGGUGAAGAAUGUAAUCAUGAUCACGAUCAUGGAAAUGAUGAAUACGAUGCUGAUGAUGAUGAAUUGGAUAACUUAGAAGACCGUUUAGGAUUGGAUUAUUUAAUAGGUGAACAACUUAAGGAUAAAUUGAUUCCAAGAGCAAUUGAUUGGUUUACAGGCGCAGCGUUAGAAUUCGAAUAUGCAGAAGAAGAGGAAGAGGAAGAAGAAGAAGAUGAUGACGAGGAUGAUGAUGAUGACGACGAAGAUGCUGAUGAAGAUGAAGAAGAUGAUUUUGCUAACACAGCUAAUAAGUCUGAACAAGCACCAGAAUGUAAGCAAUCAUGA